AAAAUUGGUUCCUCAAUUAUUAUAUCUGGGCAUAUUUGAUUGUGCUAAGCAUCAAAGUCAAGAAGGAAGGCUGUUUGGCUUACACUUUUUGCACCCCAUCGCUUAAGCAGCAGAAGAAAUGAAAAUGAAGACAGUAAUUUCCUUGUUAUGGAAUAUGAAAUGGCAAGAUUUGCACGAGGUAGAGGUCGGCGCGGUGGAAGGGGCCGUGGGCGUGGUAAUAUUGAAGGAGUUCGUGAUAAUUUUGCAGUGGUGUCAUCUGUAAAUAUUAAUCCACCACAUAAACCUACACUUGAUCAAGCAUCUCAGCCACUAGUACAAUCAACAGGGAUUCCUGAAGAAACUCAGUGGACUUCUCCAGACUUAAGGAGCCCUGAAACAAGUCAAAGACCAUUGUCGGGGUCACAAUUAUCAGGGAAUAUGGAAGGAAGUGUACAUCCCUCUUCAGAGAACUUAAAUAGCGGUGAAGUUUCUUGCAGAAAAACUAAGAAAGGCAGGGGAAAAUAUAGAUCCCUACACUUGGAUAUGAAAACUCAGCGCGGUAGCAAAAUCAAAGUUCACAUUCCGGAUGACAUUGAUAGAGCUGUAGGUCCCGGGGCUAGAGAUAUUGUCAAUUAUUGUGGCUUGAUCAUGAGGAGCACUAUCUCUUUAAGAGAUGGUGAUUGGGCAACAAUUUUUGCAAAAGAUGGAGAAACAAUGUGGCUGAAAGUGAAGGAGAAAUUUGAAGUUGGUGGUGGUAAGGGAGAGCAUGUGUUGCAAAGUUUUGUGGCCAGCACUAUGAAAAGGCUUUUCAGAACGUGGAAGACUCGGUUGCAUGCUGAGUAUUUGCGUUAUAAUACUGAUGAAGAGAGACUGUCCCAUCCGCCGAAAGAUGUUGUGCGUGAGGAUUGGGAAUUUCUGAUACAAUAUUUUGGAAGUGAGGAAUUCAAGGCUAAAAGCGAGAGAAAUAAAAUAAACAGGAAAAAGCAAACAACAAAGCAUUCAUGUGGGUCAAAGUCUUUUGCAGAAGUAGAGGAAUCCACGAGAGAUCGUCUUACUGGAGAAAAGGCACCACCAGAUCGUGUCUGGGAGCUCCAACAUACACGUAAGAAUGAUAAAGGAGAACUGUUGUGGUCAGAUGAACAAUCUCAACGAGUUUACGGCCAGAUCCAGGAACUUGUGGCUCAACAACAAUAUGAACAAAACGAGAAUCCAAAGACUGGAGAUGAGAUUUUAGCUGCUAUACUUGGUGAGAGAACAGGCUAUGUUCGGGGAAAAGGUUAUGGAAAGAAGCCUCUCAAAAAGAGCCGCAUGCAACUUGUAAACUUUAGAUCUAACUUUUCUUCUGCAAUAGAAAGUGUGCGUCAAGAGAUGCAAGCUGAAAUGGAUCGAAAGUUGGAAGAGGAACGUGAACAAAUGCGAGCUGAAAUGGACAAAAGAUUUGAAGCUCAGAUGCAAGAGGAGCGUAGACAAAUGCGAAUAGAAAUAGACAAAAGGAUCCAAGAUCAGAUGGUGGCUACUUUAAUGGUCAGAAUGCAACAGACCUAGGCAAAAAUAUGACUCAUGGAGGAAAAUGAUUCAUGGUCAAGGUUCUUCACCUUCUUCAACUGCCCGUGUUAACAAAGGCAAAAAGCAAAAAAGCCCCGAAGUCAGUUGGGGCGUCAAGUGUAAGCGUUAGUAGAUCAUCGAGGUUUAAUGAACAAAUGUGCAAUUUAAAGGACAGAGUUAGUUCCAACACCGGGCAUUGGCUGUGGACCUAGCAAUAACCUUGUUCAGCAUUCUGGCUCAGUUGAUAUAUUAGGUGUUUAUUAGUAAUAUAUAUGUUAUCUAGCUUUGGUUAUCCAGAUCCUUGACGUUUUGCUUUUGUACCUUUCUUAAGCCAUUUUGUGCUUCUUUCUCAGUAAAUUGCAUGUCCGUGUAUAAGUACAUAUUCAAUCAAUUUUAAUUCCAGGCUUUUGCAAGCAAAGCAUAAAA